GUCAUCAAUGGUCGUUCGUUCGUUUGAUUGGUCUGCUGUCUGCGCUGAUUUCUGUGUGAUUCAUGAGUUUUACAGAAAUUAAUAUUCCAAUUGCUUUACCUGCUAACUUUUCACUUUUAAAAGUGCAAAAUGGGAAAAUACUAGUAGUGAUGACACCACGUUCCUUCAUUACAAUUAUAAAAUAGUUCGUUGAACCAAGAAGAAAAGAAGAUGGAAAAUAAUCUAAGCCGCAGUGGCAGCCGAUCGAGCUCCGUAUGUGAGCUGGAAAAGGACUUUAGCGACAUGGAAAUUAUGAAAACUAGGACGAACCGACGUAACGUACUACUCCGAACGCCAGCCGCGCGGAAAGCAAAACGAGUCAGAUUUUUUAGAAAUGGUGAUAAGUUCUACUCAGGUGUCAUAAUACCAGUCUUGCCAGAAAGAUACAGGUCCUUCGAUAGUCUCACAGCAGAUCUAACAAGGGUUUUAGUUGACAAUGUAACUUUACCAAGUGGUGUGAGAGCAAUAUAUUCACUUGAGGGUAGAAAAAUAGGCAAACUGGAUGAUCUAGAGGACGGGCAAUCAUAUGUCUGUAGUGGAUUCUGUGAGCCCUUCAAACGUCUAGAUUAUGAAGCCAGUGCUGUGACCCCUCAAUCUUUCAGGCUAAGUGGUCCUGAGUCCUUGAGUGAUAGCUCAAGUCCGUCCCCGGCCAGAGCUAAUAACAGACUGUCCCGGUAUUUGCAGGCAAAUGGUAGUAGUACUACUGGCAACGGGACAGCAAGAGUAAGCCCAGCUGGGGACAAUGUAGUCAGACCACGCAUAGUUACUAUUAUUAGAAAUGGAGUGAAACCACGAAAGGUGUGCAGAUUACUACUGAACAAACGUAACAGCCCAACAUUGGAACAUGCGUUAGCAGCUAUAACAGAGUGUGUUAAGUUAGAUACAGGUUGUGUCCGAAAAGUCUUCACAAGAACUGGCUCCGUAGUUACCGCUCUAAAUCAAUUCUUCGAAGUUGAAGAUGUGUUCUUUGCUUAUGGAAAUGAAAGGGUUAACCAAGAAGAUUUCGAAUUGGAAUUCGAAGAAAACAAGGCUGUGCUGCAAUGUAGGAAAACACCUAUAUCGAGAAAUUCGAGGGUGGGACCUAAGCCUCGUAUGCCAGUGAAAGCGGGCGGUGGCGCCGCUCGCGCAGCCAGUGAAGCCGGCGCGGGCGCAGCUGGUGACGCCUCCGAAGACUCCGCCGGCCCCCUACUGCCGCAACCCUUAAGACUCAAAUACAGCGUCGGCAGAAUCAUAGGUGACGGCAACUUCGCUGUUGUUCGGAUAUGUAAGGACAAGACCACCGGCAAGGAAUAUGCUCUCAAAGUUAUUGAUAAGGCCAAGUGCAAGGGCAAGGAACACUAUGUGGAGGCAGAGGUUCGAGUCAUGAGGAAGCUGUGUCAUCCACGAAUUGUAUCACUUAUCGAAGAACAGGAUAGCCCCGAGUGGCUUUUCCUUGUAAUGGAAUUAGUCAGUGGUGGAGACUUGUUUGAUAGUAUCGCGGCCGCUUCCAAAUUCUCAGAGCCCCAAGCGCGUUUGCUAAUCGGCCACUUAACAUCUGCUAUCGCAUAUCUACACUCGCUUUCUAUAGUGCAUCGUGACAUCAAACCUGAAAAUCUAUUGGUGGAGGUGGGCCUGGACGGCAGUAUACGCGGCCUGAAGUUGGCUGACUUCGGCCUCGCAGUGGAAGUGUGGCGGCCCCUUCACGCAGUCUGCGGCACUCCUACAUACGUAGCGCCCGAAAUACUGCUUGAAACUGGAUAUGGAUUGAAGAUCGAUGUAUGGGCGGCUGGCGUUAUUCUAUACAUUUUGCUUUGCGGUUUUCCACCAUUUUCGUCUCCUGACGGUGAUCAGGAAAAGCUGUUUGACGCGAUCCUGUCGGCGCGGCUGGAGUUCCCGGCGCCGCACUGGGAGCGCGUGUCGGCGGGCGCCAUCGACCUCGUCGCUAAUAUGCUGCGUCCACAGCCAGAACUUCGCUUUGCUGCGGAAGAUGUACUCGAUCACGCUUGGAUGGCGGAUGAUUAUGACGAAAGCUGUGACUUCCGCACGUGGUACGACGAGGACUCGUCAUAGCUGGGCGAGAGUCGCCGUCAAUCGGUGUCGGCGCCCUUGUGACGACGCGUUACCGGCCAAGCCGAGACUUGAGCUCGUUUCAAUCUACGCUACGGCUUUAGCCUUUAGGGCUGUUCAACACAGCAAUGUAUGCCUUUCGAUAUGUUAACACCAAUACCAAAGUUAUUAUUUAACAUAUUUUACUUAAAGAUACUGCAUGCAUAAAUAGUUUAUUUAUAUAUUGUUUGGUGCGAACUUCGGUGCAGUAUUAUUGUUUUGGUUUUGAAUUAUUGUCUUUAACUAUAAAACAAAUUCUUAUUAUGAUUUCUAUUCAGCGAAAUAUAAUGUGGGUGAGGUAGCUGCGUCGGUAUUUGCUUUAGGACAAUCAGCGGCAUGUUAUCGUCCGUAGUGUUAGCAUAACGCUUGCCAAAAUUUUAAUGUAGCAAUACAUUGACGAAGUUUAUACAACCCUUAAUAUUAUGAAAUGUGGCUGCUCAAUAGCUUUUUGUUUCUCGUGUAUGUGUCAGCCUGAUUACAAUAUUGUUAUAUUUCGCUAACUGAAUCAAUCUGACUAUUCUAAAGAUCUCUAGAUUUCUCCUACCGCUUUAUUAGCUAUUCAGUUUUAGAUUGAACUUUAGAUUUAAAGAAAUUAUAAUAUUUAUAACGAAUAUUUUAUUUAACGAUAACAUUCUGUAAUAUACGAGUAAUAUAUCUUAUUUAAUUAUUUCAAUGAAUUCAUAUUUACAAGUGUAGAGCGCAAGUUAAUUGUAAUGAUUUUUGUAUAAUAUGAAUUGCUUGUAGGCAUAUAUCCAAUGCUAUUGCUUCUAUCAUAUAUCUUAAUCAUAUCAUUCAUUUCUUGAUUAAAACAUUCCCCUCUUGUAGAAAGAAAUCAGAUGGUGAACACACAAAACAAAUGAAUGUAAUCAUUUAUCUUAUGUAUAAAUGUUAAACUGCAAAAAUGGUGCUAGCGACAGCGAUAACAUUUUUUAUGAAUGUAGUUAAGUCUUUAAUGAACAUGUCGAUAAUCACAAAAAUAACGAACUUAAUGGUUAUCUAAUGUGAACUUACUUUACAUGUAUCUUGUAUCAAUAUCAAUGAUGUUUCUAUAAGAAAUGUCGCAAAGUAUCGAUCUAGCUAAAAAGGCAGAUUUAAAAAAUCAUUUGGCAAUUAUAAUUUGUGAUUAUGAGCCUAGUGGAAUAAAAAAGUAGGACAUGAGAUAAAAUAUAUACUUAUGAUUAAAAUACUUAGUUGUUUGAUGAAAGCCCUGUUGCAGCACAACUCGUAUCAUGACAAGCAGUUCAUAACUUUAAACUUAACAGCCGAUGCUUAGCAUAUUACAAGCUAAAGUUAUUUAUAAUUAGAUAAGUGCCAAAUUCAUUUCAUUGUCGCGCUUAUAUGUAUCAUAAUUCACGCAGGUCGCAGCAAUCAAUGUUCCUCUCGAAUAUAUUAUGUAAUUUUUUUACUAUCAAUUAUUUAAGUUAUUCUUCAUUUAAUAUAGUGUUAAUAUAUCACUGAGCAACACCAAAUGCAAACCACAUUAGACUGAAAUACAUUCCUCCACAGUAUGAUGAUAUGACACUAUUCAUUACAGUGUAUUGAAAGAUAAAAUAACUCAGUACCUACUGAUUAUUCUGUGUAUGUUUCCAUUUUGUAUUUGGUGGUCUUUGUAUUCGACAAUUUUAUGAAAUUUUAUAAAGAAAUUUACUGUUGUGGUUUAUACAUAAUCAGAUUUGCCUAUAGAGAUACCCCAAUUUUUAAAAGUGAAUUGAUAUGAAAAUAUUAUGAAAGUUAACAUUUGAGAAUACACAGGUACUUUGAAGCAGAACAUAAUUAACUAUCAAAGAACAGUCGCAAUUCAUUGCAUGUCAGUCAUAGUGAUUCAUAAAAUUUUAUAAUGCAUUUAGACAAGAUAUGUUCAUUGAGUAAAUGAGAGAAAUAAAUAAAUUUAUAAAA